AAGCGGCUGAUUGACGGGUCGCCUGUUUCUCGGUUUUUCAAGAUCCCUAUCGCUGGUUUAUAAGCGGCUGCGGGCGGGGUGAGUGCCUGAGAGUUGGAGCUGAGCUCACUGUGUCCCACAGCGAGUCACCAUGCAGCCUCCUGCCCAACGGAACCCCACUUUCCCCGGGAGUCGGCGCUACAAGACUUUCCUGAUCGAGGAGAUUUUGGCCAAGGAGUCCCGCGGUUACCUAGAGCUGACCCUGGGCUCCCGACCCGGCUUCAUCGUACGUCCACAGGCUCUGCACUCCUGUCCCGCAGGGUCAUCCUUGAGCUCGUACCCAUUGCUUUUGGCGACUCACCUCUCUCCAGCUCUCACGGCGAGGAUUCCACAUUAUCUGCCUCCUGUUGCACCCACCAGUAAGCCGGAUGGGCCAGCUCUUGAGAAUAUUUCUUCUACCAGCAGUGAGUGUGAAAGUGACCAGAGCAUUCUUCGCCCCAAAAAGCCUCGCAGAAGUCGCACCAUUUUCACUGAGUUGCAGCUCAUGGGGCUGGAGAAAAAAUUCCAGAAACAGAAAUAUCUGUCUACUCCAGACAGGUUGGAUCUAGCACAGUCACUGGGAUUAACUCAGCUUCAAGUGAAAACCUGGUACCAGAAUCGAAGGAUGAAGUGGAAGAAGAUGGUGCUGAAAGGAGGACAUGAGGCUCCUACAAAGCCCAAAGGAAGACCAAAGAAAAACUCCAUCCCAACAACAGAGGAAAUUGAGGCUGAAGAGAAAGAAACCAAAUCAGCACAAGAGCAGGAACCAUGUCCUUCCUGAGAACAUGGAUGCUGAACAAAAAAAAACUCUUUUAUUCUUCACUCUGCAUUGGUGAGGUGGGACACUGCUGCAGUUUCUAGUGGAGAACCCGGAAUGCAGUGUACAGCCAGACUGCUGCCUACUCCAGCGGAUAUAUGUAAAUAUUGACAUUAACUUAAUGGGAGCUGGGAAAUUAUUCUGUGUGUAUAAGGGGAAUAUGAAUAAAAUAUUAUGUAUUA